AUGAAGGAAACAAUUGAAUCAAAUUCAAAUAACUCCGAAAUUAAUGAUUCCAAUAAUUCUAAUAAUAACAAAACUGACAAUAAUACAACCAAUGAUACUAAAAAGAACAUAAAUGAUAAUACUACGACAGCAAAUUUAACAGCCAAUACUAAUGAAACAACCACCACUACUCCUACCACAACCACAACCACCAAAUCAACCAAGGCAAACUCCAAAACUGAUAAACCAAAAGCAUUUACAAUCAAGUAUAAAAGACCAAGAGGAUCAAGAGCUUGUACAGUUUGUAGAUCAAGAAAAGUUAGAUGUGAUGCUGAAAUUCAUAUACCAUGUACUAAUUGUAUAACUUUUGGUUGUGAUUGUGUUUUACCAGAAGUUAAAAAAAGAGGUAAUCAAUCAGGAGAAACAAAAGCUAAAAAACAAAAACUAGCUCAACAACAACAACAGCAACAAUUACUGGAGCAACAACAGUCACAGGAACAACGACAACAAUCUACAAACAAUACCGACGAAGCUUCUUCAAUUAAUAAAAAUGAUAAACCAGAAACAAAAGAGAAAUGUAUAAAAAUUGAGGAAUCAGCUUCACCUUCAUUACCAACUAAUCAUCAACCACCUAAAGCAUCAUCAUCUUUAUAUACAAGUCAUACAAAAAAUCAUGGUAAUACUAGUGAACCAAUAUUAAAUAUAUCACAAGUCAGUGUACCACCUUCAUUAACAUCAUCAUAUAAAAAUAGACCAUCAAUGCAUAAAAAGGAAUUACUUUCUUCUAAAAUAAAACCAUCUUUAACAUUUCUUGGUUCAUCAUCAAUAGCAGUAUUACCACAAAAAGUUGGUGAAAAUCACGUUCAAUUAACUGAAGAUGUUUUUGAAAUAAAUGAUACUGGAUUAGAUUCAGUUGAAUUGGAAAUUUUAAAAUUAAGAGGUGCAUUUUUAUUACCAAAUAAAGAAUUAGCUUCGGAUUUAGUUGAUGCAUAUUUUGAACAUGUUCAUCCUUUAAUGCCAGUUUUAAAUAGAACUUUAUUUAUGAAAAAAUUUAAUGAUCCAAAUGAUAGUCCAAGUUUAAUGGUUUUACAUGCAGUUUUAUUAUGUGGUUGUAGAGUUUCCAAAAAUCCAUUAUUAUUAGAUUCCAAUGGUUCAAAUAAUCUAGCAAGUUUAACAUUUUUUAGAAGAGCAAAAGCAUUGUAUGAAACUAAUUAUGAAAGCGAUCCUGUAUCAAUUAUACAAACUUUAAUUUUAAUUGGUUCUUAUUGGGAUGGUCCUGAAGAUGUCACAAAAAAUUCUUAUUAUUGGUCAAGAGUUGCAGUGGGUCUAGCUCAAGGUUUUGGAUUUCAAAGAGAUGUAACAAAAUCAAAAAGUUUAACAUUAUCGGAAAAAAGAGUUUGGAGAAGAAUUUGGUGGUGUUUAUUUGAAAAAGAUAGAAAUGUUGCAAUUGCAUUUGGUAGACCAGUUGUUAUUGAUUUAAAUGAUUGUGACGUACCAAUGUUAACAACUGAUGAUUUUGAUGAAAAUGAUUCAGAUUUAGGUAUUGUUUCACCUUACCCAAUAAAUGAAACUCAUGCAUUAUAUUUUAUACAUUUAAUCAAAUUAGCUGAAAUUACCGGUAUAAUUAUCAAACAUCAAUAUAGUGUUAAAUCAGAAUCUAUGAAACGAAGAAAUGCUUUUUCAAUUAUUGAACAUUGUGAUAUGUUGAUGGGUAUUUGGUUUACAAAUUUACCUUCACAAUUAACAUUUUCAUUAGCUGACUCAUCAAGUCAAAAUUUUUAUGCAUGUUUAUUAAAUGCUCAAUACUAUAAUAGAUUAUUUUUGAUUCAUAGAUCAAAUUUAAUCAGAAUGGCAAGAUCUUCAUCAACUAAUCCAAAUAAUUAUAAAUAUCCAAGUUGGGGUAUAAGUUUUCAAUCUGCAAGAAUGAUUUCAAUAAUUUCAAAAAUUUUGUUAGAUAGAGAUUUGUUAAAAUAUGUUCCAACAAUGUAUGUUUAUAUUGCAUUCAGUGCAUUAAUUAUGUUAAUUUAUCAUGUUGACUCAACAAAUACUGUCAUUGCUACAACUGCAAGUGAUUCCAUUUUCAUAUCAAGAGCAGUGUUAAUGAAAUUAUCAGAAUAUUGGCCAAUUGCUGGUUUAUUAAUUAAAUUAUUUGAUAAAUACGCUAAUGAUAAAAUUAAAAGAGCAAGUGUUAUUGAAAAUGGUUCAAGAAUUGCUGAAGAAAAAGAAAACAAUGCAAAUGAAAAAAUAGGUUUAUCAACAAAUUCAAUCACUAUGUUUAGUCAACAACAACAAAAACAACAACAACAACAGCAGCAACAACAACAACAGCAGCAACAAAAAAUAAACCAGCGUCUUCGAAUUCAAAAUCCAUACAACCACCCAUCACCAUUACCACAACAACAACAACAACAACAACAACAAAAUUAUCAACCGCAACCUGUAGCACCACAACCACAACCAAUUACACUGCAAGUCAGAUCAAAUUUUUCUCCAGGUUCAACAACAUCUGGAGUUUCACCAGGUAGUAACGCAUACUAUGAUUAUCAAACAUCACAACAUCACGCACGUCAGCCAACAUCACAACCAAACCAUCAACCACAAGACUCUUCCCUCACUUCAAGAACUCCACAAAUUGAACAAUUAAUUCAACAAUAUAAAGUACCAAUGAAAUUAGCUAAUGCACAAUCUGAAGGAAGUGAUAAACAAACAACAGAUACUUCACCAACAUCAUCAACAAAAUCAUUUCCAGAUAUAAGUUUAGUCACAGAAAAUAUUCCAAAUAAACAAAAUUUUUUUGAAAAUUUCGAACCAACUCAAUUAUUUCCAACUUUUAGUGUACCUGCAACAAGAGUUCAAUCACCAGCUUUAGAAGAUAUGGGUAGUAAUAUAUACAAUAUGGGUUCAAAUGAUAAUAGUACAAGUAUGACUCCAGUUACUUCAUCUUUUGAACAACAACCAAAUCAGCCAAUUGAAGAUGACAAUAACAAUCAAAAUGUUAAUAAUAAUAAUGAAGAAUCAUCACAUUUAAAUCCAAAUGCUAAUCCUAAUCCUAAUAACAACAAUAAUAAUAAUAAUAAAAACAACCCAUCAACUCCAGGUUUCCAAACUAAUUUCAUUGAUUCUUCAUUUAUUAAUAUGAAUUUACAAUCUGGUAUUGAUAUGAAUGAUGAUUUCAAUUCAUUAUUCAAUUUUAUGAAUUAA